UUUCAAGGCCGCCUGGCAAGACGGGUCUCCACGAGAACGCAAGUCCGUUCUCUGCGUUCUUGGAAUUGAGAAACAGCCUCUAUCUUCUUUGGUCACGUCACCUAGGCAACACCGGACGUAUACGGUAUUUAGGACCUGGGGGUUUCCGUUGUUGGCGUAUGAGAGAGCAUGUGACUGACUGAACUAUAAAGAACACCAGGAAAGAAGACGUCACAAACUCAAAAGAAAAAAGGAGAACGCCACAAACUAUCCGAAACAUUCCCAGCUUCCAUUCCCAUCACUCAGCAGCAGACAUGGAUUGCGGAAUUAUAACAUCCAAAAGCGUUCUUUUGCUUCUCAGUUUAAUAUUUUGGGGUGCUGGAGUGGCCCUUGCAUAUGUUGGUUCUUAUGUGAUAAAGAGCUACAACAGCUUUGAAGACUUUGUCUCUGAUAAGUACAGCAUCAUCCCAGCAGCCAUUAUAAUCGGCGUGGCUGUGGUCAUGUUUGUCAUCGGGACCGUUGGCUGCUGUGCAACUCUGAGGGAGUCCAAAGUCGGUUUAGGCUUUUUUCUUAUCAUCAUCAUGAUAGUCUUCGCAGCCGAGGUGACCGCUUUUGUGUUUGGCUUCAUCUACAGGGGCAGAAUUAAGGGUGACCUAGAAAAGACAAUGAAAGACGUCUUCCAAAAGUAUGAUGGUCUGAACUCUGAAACCCAUGCAGUGGAUAUCUUGCAAACUCAACUGGAGUGCUGUGGGGUGAAUAACUUCACAGACUGGACUGCAUCACCAUGGUUUGUCCAGCAUAACAACUCUGUGCCACAUUCCUGCUGUAAAGCAAAUGCUACACAAUGCACUGGUCAACUCACCCAACCAGAUCUUCUGAACACACAGGGAUGUGAAGCUAAACUGGAGCAGAUGCUUCAGGAUGUGCUUAGUUAUGCAAUGUUGGUCAUCCUGGGAUUUGCCAUCAUAAAGUUUUUUGGGAUGCUCAGCAUUUGUGUCAUCACCUGCAGAAGCAAGAAGAAUGACUAUCAGCCUCUGUAUGCGUGAUAGUAAAAUCUCCUGAAUCCCUCUCUUGGGACAGUCUGUUCUCAAUACUGUGCAGCUAAACACAGCCUCACUGGCACCAUAAACUGAUGUUUGAAGGUGUGCCAGUAUUCCAAAAAAUCAGUACAAUUUUUUUUUUUUUUUUUAAUACCUAUCGUUUGAAGAAUGCAAAAAUGCAAUUUGAACAAGAAAUACUGACAGGAACCACAGAGGUGUGUGGCCAAAAAAAACCCAAAAAACUGAACAUUACCAAAUUAUCACAGAGGGGUCAAAAAAUUAUUUUGUAGUAUUUUUGACGGUUAAUGUUUUUCUGCCAAAUGCCAUAAAAUAUAUGCCUACCCAACUCCAUAAAGUUUUAGGAAAUGUUACUAUAGCAGCGUUUCACCAAGUGUGUAUAGAUUUAGGUCAAACUUUAGAGUUGAUAGAUGCACUUCAUUUUUAAGGAUUUUAUGUGUUUCUGUGUGCUUUAGGUUCUACAUUGUUCAGUUUUUUUUUUUUUGUUGCUUUUUUUGCUGCUAUCCAAACUGUCUUUAUAGUCGUCUAUGUGUAUUAUAUCUAUUAAUAUGAUUUAGCUUAACAGAAAGAUAUUAAAUUAAAUUAUGGAAAUAAAUUGGUGAGUGUAUUUCUGAAAUUUUUAAGAUUACAAAAGUGAAUGUUAAUAAUUAUCCUCAAAUGACUGUUGUUUAUCAACACCAUUUCUGAGGAAAUACCCGUGUGAAUUUAGAUAAAUUGUAGGCGUUAACUUUAGUUAUCUGUCUUGUGCUGACACAUUUGUGAAGAUACUUCUCAUGAAAGUAAGCCAUAAACUGUCAUUAUCAGAAA